AUGAAGGUGAAGAAGAGCGGCGGGGCCGGGGGGGCGGCGGCGGCCAGGACCGAGGAGGAGCUGGGCCGAAAGGCGCUCAUCGGGCCCGACGAUGUGCUGGGGCUGCAGCGGGUCACCAGCGAUUAUUUGUGCACUCCCGAGGAAAAUGUUUACAAGAUAGACUUCACCAGGUUCAAAAUCCGGGACAUGGAAUCUGGCACAGUCUUGUUUGAAAUCACCAAGCCAGCGGCUUCAGAGCGGGAGCACAAUGACAGGAAGGACGUGGACCCCAACGCCGGACGCUUCGUGCGCUAUCAGUUCACGCCCGCCUUCCUCAGACUGCGGCAAGUGGGAGCCACGGUGGAAUUCACAGUAGGGGACAAACCCAUUAAUAAUUUCCGUAUGAUCGAGCGGCACUACUUCCGUGACCAGCUGCUGAAAAGUUUUGAUUUUGAAUUUGGCUUCUGCAUCCCCAGCAGUAAAAAUACUUGUGAGCACAUCUAUGAAUUCCCCCAGCUCUCGGAGGAUCUCAUUCGAGAGAUGAUCCUGCACCCCUACGAGACACAGUCGGACAGUUUCUACUUUGUAGACAACAAGCUGGUGAUGCACAACAAGGCAGAUUAUUCAUACAGUGGAGGACCUUGAGCCUGGCCUGGAUGGCUUCCUCUUCUUCCUCCCCUUCCCUCUGGAAGUCGUCAGGGAUCCCAACACCUCCAGCUCCUGCAGUGUCACCUGGACAAGGAUCCACCCACCAAGGACUCUUUGCCACAGUAGGAGUUU